GAUUAUUAGUUUUUUUAAAGGAAAAUGCUGCAUGAAUUCAAAACACACGUACAUAACUUUUACGCUAUUUACGCUCCACUUGCAUACAAUGAGAAGACUUCCGUGUUUUGUGGGUUGCGCAAACUACAUUUCCCACGCAGCUGUCGUUACCGUAUCCAGGAAAAUGCGAGGGGUUGUCAAGCAAACAUUUGACCGCACCGAUUGGCGCUCGUUGGAUGAAAAACAUGGCAGAAUUAGCUUUUUCACAAGACAAAGAUGAAACUUGGAAGAAAGCGAGGCUCCUUUUUGCAACACGUUUUCAAGAUAGGUGGUUUUAGCAGAGAAAAUGAGUGAUGUGUGUGUGAAACGGGAUGUUCGGCCUGGUUCUGGUCGGGUCCGGGUGGCUGUGAUUGAUGAAUCAACUCCAUUUAACCCAGCUCCUGUCAGGAAAAUCCAAGGGGAGACCGAAACUACAAUGGAGCUCUAUCUGUCUCAGGAAAGACUGGAGCUGCUCUGCGGAACAAAACAGCUGUCUCAGGUAACCUCACUAGAAAUCUGCGUGCAAUCUCCAGAAUACAGCCUUGGGAACUUUGGUUCUUACUUGCCCAAUCUGGUGCUGCUCAAAAUGAACAACAGUGUGCUCAUAUCUGUAAGAGACCUGGGAACCACCCUAUCCCAUCUACAGAUUCUAUGGAUGUCUUGCUGCUGCCUACAAGAUUUGGAUGGUAUUUCGUCUCUCUCAUCUCUUAGGGAAUUAUACUUGGCCUUUAACAAAGUGUCGGAUUUGAGUCAGGUUGGCAUGCUCGACAACCUAGAGGUGCUAGAUCUGGAAGGUAAUGAAGUGGAUGACCUUGUCCAGGUUCAAUAUCUCAGUUUAUGUGGCAAACUUCAGAGUCUCACCUUGGAAGGGAACCCUGUGUGUCUGCAGCCAAACCCCACUAUCACACAAACAGACUAUAAUUAUUGGGAUGCAGUGAGGGAGCUGGUUCCACAGCUACGUUACCUUGACAAUGCAAGAGUGGAGGAUGGCAGGUUGGGUUCGAGCAGCACCCUGUGGGAAGACUGGGCUAUUCUCCGAAACUGUCUCAGGAAUUCCUCUCCAGCAGUGACUGAAGACCCAGCUGAAGCAAAUGGUGCAUACAGCCGGCCGACUACAGCCAGGCGCGCUUCCUCCACUUCUCAGCACCUCUCAUCAGCAAGCACAACUGGUUCCAGACCUACAUCAGCAACUUCAUCUGGGUUUCUUUCCUUCCCAGUCUCCACACCUUGCUCUGUGGAUUCAGACUUUAGUGAAGUCGAAGAAGACAGCAGCACCCUGACACAUGGAGCUGGCAAGAUUCUGUUUUGUGGAAACCCUGCAAAGGCAAUACGGGCAAGACGUGAAAAGUUGAGGACAGCACCUUCCAUGCCAACCUUUACCCCCCGUGACUUGUCCAUAUAUGUACCAGAACACAUGUAUGACCCUCAAGACAUAGAAGGCAAAGACAGUGGUGAUGUGCUUGCUGAACUUAGAGCUUGGAGGGAGACGCAUGACAGGCGUCUCCAAGAAAUACAAAGCGAUAGACUACCGCAGAUACUUGUUGUUCAGCAUUGCAACGAGAACGAGGAGGCUGAUGAUGACGAUGAAGGAGAAGGAUUUGAUAACUCGAGCAGUGACAGUUGUAAUGAAGAACGUAGUGAGACGAGCCUAGACACAAGCUCCUCUAAUUCAUCUGGCAAGUCUAUUUGCACAGACAAUCUUAACUCUGUGUCAACAGAUGCAGAUAACCUUUACUGUGACAACACACAUUUGCCUUGUCCUCCUCUGAAUUCCAAAUCAGGAUGUAGUAGGAAAAAGGCAAUAGGAAUCCGUACGCAAAGAAUUCAAAUCAAUCUGGCCAAUUCAGAACAGAAUCAUCACUUCUGCAGUGCAGAGCACAAAGUUGGGCCUGCCACAAGUACUGCACAGUCAAGCCUGUCAUUCAAGCAGCAGACAGGGAUAAAAAAGCUUGUUCCCACAUCACCUACAAGCAUUACCCAAUCAUAUGAAUUUCCUAGCCUGCAAGAAGGAUACAAGGAAUCACGUGUAGAGACGGAUGUGUACAGCCUGGCAACAAAAGUGAACUGUCAAAGCUCCUGGUCAGAGCGGCGGCUUCAAGUUCUUUCAGAGUGAGCACACAAGUGUUUUCCGGGCUGAUGCGCGGCACAGUGUUUUAUGUGUGUGUGUUGGCGACCAAAUAAAUGAAGAACGAGUGAAUUGAAAUUUUUUUCCCGCUGCAUAUCAUUGACUCUUUGUCAGAGAAUGUUCAAAAAUCACAUUUUAGAACAUAUUUUUCUAAAUGAGGUAGACUGUAGUCCACCAUAUGACAAGACCGUGCACCAUGGCGGCCUUGUACUCCGCAGGGGCUGGGCGGGGGUGAGUGGGUGUUGGAUAAGAAAAAAGAGGCAGCUCCUAGUUUGUUUGCUUGAUUUGUCUUUCACCCCUAUAUACAGGUCGUAUGACCAUUUUGCACAUUAGGGCCGCUGCUGGCCUCCACCAGACUUUUCGCAUACACCAGCUCUGCAUUUUAAACUGUGCUUAAACUAUCCACUCAUAUAUGAAUACAUUAUUGCACACAUAUUUUAGCCAUAUAUUUAUAUAUAGCAGAUGAACACAGUAAUGUUUGCGAAGUGAAAUGAAAUUAAUAGGAUAAACAGAAAGUAUUUAAUAAUUACUGAAAAAAAAAUAGGCCGUUGCAUGAAUUUGGGCACCCAUGUGUUUUACUGAUUAGAUAGUCUUUAGUACUAAUUUCUGGAACUAAAAAUUUGUUUGAUAAGUUGACCUACGUUGACCUACAUACAUGGGUGGUUUACAAAAGAAAAUCUUAAUAAUUAUCGGGGUGCCCAAACUUUUGCAUCCCACCAUGUGCAUAGUAUACAGUGUGUGUGUGUGUGCACGUGUAUAUAUAUAUAUAUAUAUAUAUUUUUUUUUUUAUUAUUAAAUUUAUUAGGAUCAUGGAAGCUUAAA